AUGGAGUCACUGAGCGAGCUAGAAGAGAUGCAGCACGUUCUGCAUUUUCUUGAUACAUCGCUUAUCACAUCACCUUCUGGCAGCGAUCUUGCGGCACAAAAGAAGCGAAAUGAAUCUCAACGCCAUCGACGGGAAUAUCAGCAGCAUCAUACACCACCAGAUCAGCUGCGCGAUAUGGCGAAAUUGCCAGAAAACGAAGAACGAUCAAGCUGUAAUGAAAUAGGUGAAGUGAUCGAGCUACUGGGCUCCCUUGAAGCCAACGACACUCCAAAUCAGGAGAUGCAGCACCAGAAACAACAACACGAACAUCAAGAAGCGCUUUGCGGUGGCAAUAUAAGUUGUGGACUAUCGCGAUCGACAGCAUUCAGUGAUGGUGUUUCGCAAAUGGCACAACCACCUCAAUCUGCUAUUCCAAGCUACAAUCAAAGUGUGGCUGAGAACAUUUCACCAGCUGGCUUGCUCAACGGCUCGUCAAUGUCACCUUCGACAAUAAAUUGGCUGCAAGCACUCGUGCCUUCGACGAGCAGCGAAAGUUUAACAAGCCUUAUUUCUCCUGCGACGUUAUAUAGUGCUGGAAGUAAUUCGGCUUCAGGUAUAGAGGAGGUGACAGAGCUUCUCAGUGUUAUUGAAUCAAGUCAAACUGAUGACACCACAAUGACGAAAAGCGAUGGGCUUACUCGGUGCGGACGCCGUCCUGCGAAAUAA